AUGGAUUAAAAAGAUUUCAAGAUCGAGACUUUAAGCGAAUAAUUCACAAAGAAAUUUCAAGUGACUCUUACAUUAAGGGAACCAAUCAAUCAUGACUCCUAUUUGUUCAGAUUCGAUUUCAAAAAUCCAAAAGAGAGAUUAGGAAUGCAAGCUAUCCAGCACAUCAAAAUCUCUGGCUUUAAUAUGAAAGGUGACGCAGUUGAAAGAGCUUACACACAUGUGUUUGAAUAAGAUGGAUAUUUUUAGAUACCUAUCAAAAUAUAUAGGCCAAAUGUACAUCCUCAAUUUCCAAAUGGAGGAGAAUUGACUCCAUGGCUAGAAAAAUUAAAUCUAAAUUCAGAAUUGACGAUUAAAAGGUGCUUAGGAAAACUAUUUUAUCAUAAUAAUCAAUUUAUUGUUAGGCCAAAAUUGAAUAAUACUUGGUCAUAAUUUGAUACCGUGCUAUUUAUUUGCGGAGGGAGUGGUAUCACUCCAGCAUAUUAAUUAAUCCAAUCGAUAUGCAAUAAUCCAAAUGAUAACACUAAAAUGGUCAUUUUGUAUGCGAAUAAAACUGAAUAAGAUAUCUGGUUAUAAAAAGAAUUAAAUCAAUUCUAAUCUAAGCACAAGGAUCAAUUUACAGUCCAUUUCACUGUAGACAAAUUUGAUGAGAAUUGGAAAGGUCUGAAAGGUCAUGUGAAUUUCGAAAUGAUGGCUUCAACAUUUCCAAAACCAACUGAAACUACAUUAGGUGUAUUAUGCGGACCUAAAACCAUGAACAAGUUAGUCAUAUAACUCUAUGAAUAAUUCGGAGUAAAGAAAGAUAAUAUAGUAAAAUUUUGA